CGGCCCCAGCCCCUCGGAGCGCCCGCCUCCCCGGCCGCCCCUGAGCCCAGCGGAGGCGGGUCUCCAGAUCGGCUAAGAGCAGCUGCGGCUCUUCUCCAGAUCGAGUCCUUGCCUUUCCCCGGGGCGCGGGGCCAUGAGCCCCGCGGCCACCUGAGGCACAGGACCCGCUGCUUGGCGAGGACCGCGCCCCCAAAGUCCAGUGCCCCCGUCUCUGCACUGCGGGACGCCCGCGCCCAACCCUGGUGGAGGCGUCCUCGGAAGAGCAGCGGGGUGAGGGCAUGGAACCCGCGGCACCGGCGGGCCAGGCCCGGGCAGCGGCCACAAAGCUGUCGGAGGCAGUGGGAGCGGCGUUGCAGGAGCCCCGGCGGCAGCGGCGCCUGUUGCUGGUCAUCGUGUGCGUGGCGCUGUUACUGGACAACAUGCUGUACAUGGUCAUCGUGCCUAUCGUGCCCGACUACAUCGCCCACAUGCGCGGGGGCAGCGAUAGCCCCAGCUCGACCCCCGAGGUGUGGGAGCCCACCUUGCCGCUGCCCACUCCAGCUAAUGCCAGCGCCUACACGGCCAACAGCUCGGCGCCUCCGACGGCUGCGUGGCCUGCCGGGUCAGGCCUCCGGCCCCGAUACCCCACGGAGAGCGAAGACGUGAAGAUCGGGGUGCUGUUUGCUUCCAAGGCCAUCCUGCAGCUGCUGGUGAACCCCCUGAGCGGGCCUUUCAUCGACCGCGUGAGCUACGAUGUGCCGCUGCUCAUCGGCCUGGGCGUCAUGUUCGCCUCCACGGUCAUGUUCGCCUUCGCCGAGGACUACGCCACUCUGUUCGCAGCGCGCAGCCUGCAGGGCCUGGGCUCGGCCUUCGCUGACACGUCCGGCAUAGCUAUGAUUGCGGACAAGUAUCCGGAGGAGCCAGAGCGCAGUCGAGCGCUGGGCGUGGCGCUGGCCUUCAUCAGCUUCGGAAGCCUGGUGGCGCCGCCCUUUGGGGGCAUCCUCUAUGAGUUCGCGGGCAAGCGCGUACCCUUCCUGGUGCUCGCCGCGGUGUCGCUCUGCGACGCGCUGUUGCUGCUGGCGGUGGCCAAGCCAUUCUCCGCUGCCGCACGGGCUCGGGCCAACCUGCCGGUGGGCACGCCCAUUUACCGCCUCAUGCUAGACCCCUACAUUGCCGUGGUAGCCGGCGCGCUCACCACCUGCAACAUCCCCCUUGCCUUCCUCGAGCCCACCAUCGCCACGUGGAUGAAGCACACGAUGGCAGCGUCCGAGUGGGAGAUGGGCAUGGCCUGGCUGCCGGCUUUCGUGCCGCACGUGCUAGGCGUCUACCUCACAGUGCGCCUGGCGGCACGCUACCCACACCUGCAGUGGCUGUACGGGGCGCUGGGGCUGGCUGUGAUCGGUGCCAGCUCGUGCAUUGUGCCCGCCUGCCGCUCCUUCGCGCCCUUGGUGGUCUCGCUCUGCGGCCUCUGCUUUGGCAUAGCGCUGGUCGACACAGCACUGCUGCCCACGCUCGCUUUCCUAGUGGACGUGCGCCACGUCUCAGUCUACGGCAGCGUCUAUGCCAUCGCCGACAUCUCCUAUUCAGUGGCCUACGCGCUCGGGCCCAUAGUGGCGGGCCACAUCGUGCACUCGCUCGGCUUUGAGCAGCUCAGCCUGGGCAUGGGCCUGGCCAACCUGCUCUAUGCGCCCGUUCUACUGCUGCUGCGCAACGUGGGCCUCCUGACACGCUCCCGCUCCGAGCGCGACGUGCUGCUGGACGAGCCGCCACAGGGUGCAGGCGGCCGCAGGCAGCGGAGCCAGCAGGGAGCAAGGUGA